UGUGGAAUAGGUCAAAGUUCAUAUCGUCCCAAUGUUUGGAUACGAACGAAGGAAGUGGGACAUACUGACAGGAAAAUGAGGUGAGGUAUGGUUUGACGGACCAUGGGCAGCAGGAAAGAUCACCGACUGACGUUCCUACAGAGCUUUGUGUGCGGAGGAACAGCAGGGGUGACCAGCAGGACCCUCACAUCGCCUCUGGAUGUCGUCAAGAUUCUGUCCCAGGUUGGAAUCAAAGACACCCAAGAAGGAUUCCUCAGAGCCUUCUCCAACUUGUACAAAAAUGAAGGACUCCGAGCCUUUUGGAAGGGCAACUUUCUGGGCUGCAUGCGGCUGUUUCCGUACACAGCCAUACAGUUCAGUGCCUAUACCAAGUUCCGGCGGCUGUUUGUGGAUGACAUGGGUUACCUGAGCGCGGGUGGAGCCCUGAUGGCAGGCAGUCUGGGUGGGAUCACGGCCACCUGCAUCAUGUACCCAACAGACACGGUCAAGACUCGGCUCACAGCCCAGCAUACCAAGAGGAGCAAAGCUCACUACAGGGGCAUCAUCCAUGCAUUUAGAGUGGUGUACAGGACAGAGGGAAUCACAGCAUUCUUCAGAGGAAUGUCCACAUCAGUCAUAGGUGUGGUACCGUUUGCAGGAGGAACCUUCAUGGCCUACGAGCUGCUGGACCGUGCCUGGAGCGUCCCCUCCUCUCACCUCACUCCACUAGCUAACUUCAUUAAUGGCUGCAUUGCUGCUGCUUUUGCACAAACCUUUUCGUAUCCAUUUGACACCAUCAGGAAAAAGUUACAGGCAUACAGCACAGUGUUACCUCACAGAGGAGGGGUGGAUGUGGAGUUUACAGGGAUGGUGGAUGCUUUCAUUCAAACGUAUAAACACGGGGGGAUGCAGGGUCUAUGGAGGGGCACUACAGCAAACCUUAUGAAGGUUGUGCCAUAUGCGGGUGUGAUGUUCAUGUCAUUUGAGGCGUGUAAAAGGACUUUCCUGUACAGCAAUGGCUUCACGGUCUCGCCGUGGAGCGACAUUCCCAAACCUGGGAUUGACCAAACUCUGACACCGGGGGAGCUCAGGGAGUGGCAGAGGAACCAGAGGGUCAUCAAAAGACGUGUCAAACUCUCCUAGCACCAAGUCUCAUACGGCAUAGUCUAGUGGCAACAACUGUAGAAGGGGAGUCUUCCUUCUGAAAUGAAGGAAAACAAUUCAGAAUGGCCCCUGUAUUGAAUCCCUCAGGGUUAAAUCUGUUGUAGGGAACAUUGUAAUAUAUUUAUUGGUUUUGUAUUCUAGACAAUCAGUGUUGCAGAUGACACUAUAAUAGCUGACAUACAGUAGCACUAAUCAAAGCAAAUUGUCUGGCUAAACCAUUUUAACAAGAGAAUAUUUUGCUGGUAAGGGAGAAAGUGACAAGAGAGUUGAACAUUCAAAACCUGGUGUACAGACUUUGUCAACACAUACACUACUGUACAUUUCCUUAGGACUGCUUUAAGUUUAAGGGAAGAAAAGGAGGUGCUCUUGAUGCAUUAUUGCAGUAUCUAUACUGAUAUCAAAAUUGAAAACAGUUUGUACAGGAGAGAAUUAUUAUCAUGCAACUGUCAAUAUCAGAGGAUGCAUUGAACCAUUAUUUAUCUGCUUUUAUUAGUUAUGGAUGAGGAAUCUCAUAUGGCUAGUCCCUUUUAAACAGUUGACCAGAUAUAUUCUGUGUAUACAUAACCAAUAGCCUGUUUCCUUUUAAAACUACAGUACUUGUGCUAAACAUGCUUUGAUUUUGAAAGCUAAUAUCACCAGCAAAGUGCAUGCGUAGUGCAUUCAUGUGCAGGAUCCUUAUGUGCAUGAACUUGCAGGACUAUUUCGCAGUGUGUUUCAGUGGGAAGCAGCAUUAUGUAUAUGUAUAGUUUGUCAUGGUAGAAAAAUCGUGGUAAAAUUGCUGGCUUGUUCGUACACUACCUUUAUAUGCCUGGAUUGUUGUGAAUGCUUUGAACAUGUAAACAUUCUGCUUCUUUCUUUUCCUGUUUUGUCCUGAUGUUUUAGAAUUACAAUUUCUUAAAUAAUAAUGAUAAUAUAAUAGUUUCUAUGCUGAAAGAGAAAGGAACUUUGCAUCUAAAAUUUUGCUCGCCUUUUGCGUGUUGGCAUGGGUCUUAAUCGACAGGGCAGUGGGGAACCCUAUCUGUUGAAGUUCUCAUUGCAGGCUAACAGCACAUGAAUGUGACAAUUCUGCUCCAGUUACUUUUGGCCAUUCUCCUAAGCAGAUAUCCAAUGGCGCUAGCAAAGACAACAGGUGGUUUCCUAGCACUGGUGGGUGUCUCUGCGUAGAAGAAUGCUUUUGGUCUCCAAGAAUCUAAGUAGAUGUUGGCACAUGCAUGGUAAUCAUGCAGGCAGCUGUGUAAUGGCUGUACAGGACUUUUUGCUGCAGUACUGAUAGUGAUUAAUAGGAGUCGCUUUUGAUCAAUGGUAAGGAAACUGGUUGCACCUCAUGGUAAAAUGCAUGCAGCCCCACCAACAUGAUGUUGAAAAUUUGAUGCAAUGUU